CUUUCCUUAGUUAAACACUAACAACAUGGCGAACAAUGUGAAGACGGUUGAACUGAGAGAAAGUAUACAACAAAUAUUGAAAGGAGCCGAUCUCGACACAUUAUCAGCGAAAAAAGUACGACGGAAACUCGAAGAAGAAUUUGAUGUCGACUUUACGGAAAGGAAGGAAGAAAUUGACAAGCUUGUUAUGAAAUGUAUCACAGAAUCUAGUCAACAGGAGGAUGCAACUGACACCAGCAUGGAGUCAUCACCUGCAAAAAGAAAGCAAACAUCAAACAAUAAAACAAAUGGUAAAAAAGAACCCGUUCGAAAUGGCAGCCGCAGUGAGGAUUCAGAUCACCAGAGCUCAGGAUCGGAUGUCUCAUUAUCGGAAGAUGAGAAAGAACCACAACGUAAAAAGAAAAAAGUCACUGAUUCUCCAAAAGCUUCAAAGGAUGAUGCCGAACUUGCCAGGCAGCUGCAAGAGGAGGAAGAUAUCGGUGGGGGGAGACCACGCAGGAAGGGAACCAAGAAACCUCCGCCCCCAAAGAAAAAGAAAGAUGAUAAUGAGAAGAAAAAGAAAGGCGGAUCGAGUACUUAUUCCAAACCAUGCCGCUUGUCUCCGGAAUUAGCAGAAGUGUUAGGAGCUGAACAGAUGGCUAGGCAUGAAAUUGUUAAAAGAAUGUGGGCAGUUGUUAAAGAAAGAGAAUUGAUGGACCCGAAGAAUAAACAAUACAUGAUCUGUGAUACUCAACUUCAGAAAAUAUUUGGGAAGAAGAGAGUUAGAACAUUCGGUAUGAUGAAGUGGCUAAAUAACCAUAUAAUAAAAGACGGUGAAUUGCUGUGAAUGACAGUUUGGCUGCAAAUCUGUGUAUAUAUGUAAAAAAAACACAAAAAACCUACUGCUCGUCUGACAUCGUACUCCGACAGUUCUGUGAGUAUGUUGUUUUAGUCAUGUGAUCAUCACUGCCACGCUUCAGGUGAACUUCGUCUCCGCCAAGCAGUGAUUCUCGCGGGGAAAUAGUUGUUUGUUUCCAUGACGACUGUAUCUCAUGGAGGAUUGUGUACAACCACCAUAGUGUCCAGUUAUCCAUUUUUAUAAUUGGAAGAUUUCGAGGUUCUGUUCGUUGUUGUUUAUGUUUGGUCUUCUUAUCGCUAGUGCAUAUGACUAUUAUGCAGUUGAAAACUGUUGGGUUUUUUAUCAUGAAGAAAUGGUUGAUAGUUGUUACAUAUUAAAAUAUGAUGAUCUCUUAUAGCCUGACUGUUUAAAGAUUAUGAGGGUAAAGAGAGUAAUUAAUACAUAUUUUAAGCAUUUGGUGGCAAUUUAUAAGAAACAAUUGUUUUUCCUUUUAAAAAAAAAAGAGAAAAGAUAAAAACAUUGAGUGAUUAAGACUAUUGGAUUCUGAAUGUGGAUAAAAAGUGGUUGCAGCGAGUGCUAUGAUACUCCGACAUCUUACGUUCAGAUUAUUGUACAAACAUUUUCGACAGAUUUUGUUCACGUGAGGUGAAAUUGAUCGACAAAGAAGAUUUGUUUUUUGUUUUCUGUAUGACAGAAGUCGAAGCAUUUAUCACUGUAAAAAGACGUAUCUUAUUUGAAAAAUAAAAGAGCAGUCAUUUU